GCUGCUGGGUGCUGGAGAAUCUGGUAAAAGCACCAUUGUGAAGCAAAUGAGGAUCCUGCAUGUUAAUGGGUUUAAUGGAGAGGGCGGCGAGGAGGACCCGCAGGCUGCAAGGAGCAACAGCGAUGGUGAGAAGGCCACCAAAGUGCAGGACAUCAAAAACAACCUGAAGGAGGCUAUUGAAACCAUCGUGGCCGCCAUGAGCAACCUGGUGGCCCCCGUGGAGCUGGUCAACCCCGAGAACCAGUUCAGAGUGGACUACAUUCUGAGCGUGAUGAAUGUGCUUGACUUUGACUUCCCACCUGAAUUCUACGAGCAUGCCAAGGCUCUCUGGGAGGACGAAGGAGUCCGCGCCUGCUAUGAGCGCUCCAAUGAGUACCAGCUGAUCGACUGUGCCCAGUACUUUCUGGACAAGAUUGAUGUCAUCAAGCAGGCCGACUAUGUGCCCAGCGACCAGGACCUGCUUCGCUGCCGUGUCCUGACCUCUGGAAUCUUUGAGACCAAGUUCCAGGUGGACAAAGUCAACUUCCACAUGUUCGACGUGGGUGGCCAGCGCGACGAGCGCCACAAGUGGAUCCAAUGCUUCAAUGAUGUGACUGCCAUCAUCUUCGUGGUGGCCAGCAGCAGCUACAACAUGGUCAUCCGGGAGGACAACCAGACCAACCGCCUGCAGGAGGCUCUGAACCUCUUCAAGAGCAUCUGGAACAACAGAUGGCUGCGUACCAUCUCUGUGAUUCUGUUCCUCAACAAGCAAGAUCUGCUCGCUGAGAAAGUCCUUGCUGGGAAAUCAAAGAUUGAGGACUACUUUCCAGAAUUUGCUCGCUACACUACUCCUGAGGAUGCUACUCCCGAGCCCGGAGAGGACCCACGCGUGACCCGGGCCAAGUACUUCAUUAGAGAUGAGUUUCUGAGAAUCAGCACUGCUAGUGGAGAUGGGCGCCACUACUGCUACCCUCACUUCACCUGCGCUGUGGACACUGAGAACAUCCGCCGUGUGUUCAACGACUGCCGCGACAUCAUCCAGCGCAUGCACCUUCGUCAGUACGAGCUGCUUUAAGAAGGGAACUUCAACCUUAAUGACAGCCUUAAGCACAAUUAAUUAAAAGUGAAACGUAAUUUACAAGCAGUUAAUCACCCACCAUAGGGCAUGAUUAACAAAGCAACCUUUCCUUUUCCCUGAGUGAUUUUUGUGAAACCCCCUUUUCCCUUCUGCUUGCUUAGAUGUUCCAAAUUUAGAUAGCUUAAGGCGGCCUACAGAAAAAGGCCACAAAAGUUCCCUCUCACUUUCAGUAACUAAAAUAACAGCAGCAAACAGAAAUAAAAAAUAAAUGAAAUAAAUGAAACAAAUAAAAUAAAUAUUGUGUUGUGCAGCAUUAAAAAAUCAAAAUAAAAAAUUAAAUGUGAGCAAAGGAUG